CGACUUGCUGUCUCCCUGGCGGCCCGUGACCUGGAAGCAAUCUGGGUAAAAUGGCGGCGCCCAGAGUCCAGACCAAGCGGGUCCGGAGCCCGCGGCUUGCUGCAUGAGACAGUUGAAACUCAGAGAGGUUAAGGCCCUCUCCCGAAGUCACACCGCAAGUUGGGAGCUAGGUCGGAAUUCGAACCCGCGUCAGUCCGUUUCUCCCAAGGAACCCAGAAUCCUGACAGCCAGCCUCAGAGCUGCUAUAAUAAAAUCUUUAAAAACAAAGUAAAACAAAAAACAGUGUGGUACUGGCAUAAGACCCAACGUAUAGAUCAAUGGAACUGGGAGCCCAGAAUUACAUUCUUACAUUUAUGGUCCGUUGAUUUUCAGCAAGAAUGUCAAGACAAAAGAGUACCCUUAUCAUGGUGGUUGUCUGACAAGCAGCAGCAUGAGCUGGGCCCAAGCCCUCCUGCUGGCCCGGGGCAUCUCUCGGGGCUGGAGAGGCAUCUGCGGGGCCACCGUCAUGGGAUCCCCCUUCCCCCAGGUGCCUCUCCAGGCCCCACGAGGCCUGCACUGCAGCGCCGCCGCCACCGCAGCCGGUAGCUCCGACUCGUGGCUGGCCCCGCCCCCGCCCGAGCCCCAGAAGGGACCCACGAAGGCCCUGGCCUUCCACGAGGAGCUGUUCCAGCGGGCACCGGAAGGGACGCGCGACAAGGCGGACUUCGUGCGCGCCGUGCAGAACUUCGGGCAGCAGAAUGUGCACAAGCGGGGUCACGUGGACUUCAUCUACUUGGCCCUGCGCAAGAUGCGGGAGUUCGGCGUCGAGCGGGACCUGGCUGUCUACAACCUGCUGCUCGACGUCUUUCCCAAGGAGGUCUUCCGGCCUCGCAGCAUCAUCCAGCGGAUGUUCAUCCACUACCCCCGGCAGCAGGAGUGUGGGGUCGCCGUCCUGGAACAGAUGGAGAACCACGGCGUGAUGCCCAACAAGGAGACCGAGUUCCUACUGCUUCAGAUAUUUGGACGUAAAAGUUACCCCAUGCUCAAGUUUGUGCGCAUGAAGCUGUGGUUCUCCCGCUUCAAGAAUAUCAACCCCUUCCCUGUGCCCCGGGACCUGCCCCGGGACCCGGUGGACCUGGCCAAGUUGGGCCUGCGGCACAUGGAGCCCAACCUCAACGCCGCCGUCACCAUUUAUCAGAUGCCUUCUUCCACAGACUCCACAGGUGCAGCACAUCCCGCCGAGCCCCACAUUGUAGGAAUCCAGACUCCUGAUCAGCAGGCUGCCUUGGCCCACCACAACCCAGCCCGGCCUGUCUUCGUCGAGGGCCCCUUUUCCCUGUGGCUCCGAAACAAAUGUGUCUAUUAUCACAUCCUCAGAGCUGACUUGCUGCCCCCUGAAGAGAGGGAAGUAGAAGAAAUUCCAGAGGAGUGGAAUCUCUACUACCCGAUGCAGCUGCACCUGGACUACGGGAGGAGCGGCUGGGAUGACUACGAGUUUGACAUCCAUAAAGUGGAGGAAGGCCCUGUCUUCGCCAUGUGCAUGGCGGGUGCCCACGAUCAAGCUACACUGGCCAAGUGGAUCCAGGGCUUGCAGGAGACCAACCCAGCCCUGGCCCAGAUCCCCGUGGUCUUCCGCCUGGCAGGGUCCUCCGGAGAGCUCCUGGCGCCCUCCUCAGGGCUGGAGGAGCCGCCCCCGCCCCCACCAGAGGGCCAGGAAGAAGAGGAAGACGAUCAGCAGCGACAGCAUCAGGGCCAGAGCUGAGCUUGAGCGGCCAUCCGCACAAGCUGUGGACUGGUGUGACAGCGUGAGAUGCCUUUUGAGUGUACAGCAAAUAAAAGUUUUCCGUCCUGGGGCUCCCCUCUCUCUUCUCUGACA